AUGCAAUCUCUCCCACUCCAAUCUGUGGGGCUUGGGGCAUCCCCGCUCUCCGCCAGCUCCCCCAUUGGUCUUCUUGGUUCAGAGAACGGAAGUGGGGCUACCAAGCCCUCUUUGGCCAUUCGUGGCCAUGGUGCGGGUCCUCGAAUUAGCCAAUCAGUGCGCUCGACACCACAGCCAGUAAUUAUGGAAACGGUCCAUACCCUACAUGGCCAGGCCCCGACCCGAGACCCUUUGUUAGCUUCACCUGUGUCGAGUCUUUCCUACUCCGAGCCGGUGUCUCCGGUGCAACGUUGGACGGGUACUGCCACGGGUGCCUCUGGCGCCACUCAGGCUGGCCUCGUUCCUUCACCCCCUGCUAAGAACGGUGGUGGACCUGCUCCCGCGACCUCCACCACCGCUGCCGCCGCCGCUGCUGCCCGGGCUGCUUUGCGCGCCAGUCCGCCACCCGGCAGCCCAAGCCCCGGACCUACCCCUGCCAGCGCCGUAGCCGAAGCCAAUUUGGAGCGACACGCCGCAGAUACUCGCAUUGCACGCAGCGCUCGCCUUCGCUCGCAGAGCAUGCGCCAGCGUCCACCCAGUGGCCGGCUUUUGCCUCUUUUUGCUCAGACUGGUGAAGCACCCCCCGACUCGGAAACGCAACGCCGCCUCAAUUCCCCCGGUGCCGGUCUUGCCAUUAGCGCGAGCCCAGCCCGCAACUCCCGAGACCCACACACUCGCCCACGGCCUGCCUCACAACAGUCGGCUCGACCGACAUCCCGCGGCCCCUUUGCCUGGAACUUGCCGGGUGAUGGUCAAGGCGUGCCUCCAACUGCCGAGCCCUCUACUUUAACGCCACGAUCGCCACGACCCCCCGAAAACCGUCGCUCCGUCACACCUGCCGGAUACAACAUUCGCCGUCAACACAUGAUGUCUCCCACCCUUAAUCAGGAACCAUCUUUGAGUGGCUUGGAUAGACGCGAGAGUCCACCUCGUCUGGACUCGGUCCCGGGCCGUGGCACACCGUCACUGCGUGUGGUUGAAGAGGAUGUGCUUGCCUCGCGCCAGACCCCACCGAGCUCUGUAAUAGUGGGACCACUGCAGCCUGAUGGUCUGGUACCCACCAUUCCUACUGAGCCUCGCAAUCGACGAAGUUCUCUCACCCGGCGCUUCAGCUCGCCGGCCUUGCUCGAGGAGGGGGAGGAUCUGCCCAUCAACCGACGUGAUAGCAAGGGUUACGCUUUUGAUAUGGAAGGCUUAACGCCUGUUCCAGCCACUCCUACUCCAGAAGCUCCGUCGACGUCUCCCACGAUCCAAGUACCAGAAUAUGGGGCCUACUCGAUGGGAGGUGGAUAUGCUGGGAAUCCCAAGGAAAAUCAAGAUGGCUUUCUUGUCUACGAAGGCAGCUCUGCUCUGCCCUUUUUGGCAGCCGUCAUGGAUGGCCACGGUGUGAACGGACGCAAGGUCUCAGGUUUUGCAGAAAGCACUCUGGGUGUCGAGAUUUUAGAGAGCUAUCGCCAGAAUCAGGCGUUGUCUGAGGCCUUGGUCAACGGCAUCGUGUCCACGGCUGCCAAAUUACGCAAGUCUACCAUCGAUGCGCGAGAGUCGGGCACCACUGCUGUGGUGUGCGCCCGAACCCCCGAUGGUCGACAGCUCAUCGUUGCCAAUGUGGGUGACUCGCGCUGUGUAUUGGGCCGGUGUUUGGGUGGCUCCCGCUAUCAACCCAUCCCACUGUCACGGGAUCACAAGCCCAGCGACCCUGGUGAGCGCCAGCGCAUUCAGCGUGCAGGCGGAUACGUGGAGCCGACCCGCGUCCGUGGCUGGGGCUUUCAAGGACCGGCGCGUGUUUGGCGCCGACGUCAACAGGAGGGUGGUCUGGCUUUAUCCAGGAGCGUGGGUGACUUUCACCUCUUUGAGGCUGGCGUUGUGGCUGAACCGGAGCUCCAAAUUCACGCAGGCAGGCAGUAUCUGGGCCGGGGACCGGGGCUUUGGACAAGAAGCAGCAUCGCUCGCCAUAUCGCAUAUCAGCAUCCGCUUACCAGUGAUGUGCCACUCGGGCUGGAUCGGAAACUUGAGAAGACGCUUGACUCGCAGGACCACUUUAUCGUUUUGGGCUCGGAUGGCGUUUUUGAUCAUCUGUCCAAUGCCCAGGUGAUAUUGUUUUUGGCCAAGUACCAGGAGGGUGCCGAUUUCGUAAUCACGAGCAACAGCCUCGAGUGCCACCUGUCGUCGCAAAAUUCGGCCAAAAUUCGGUUAAAAUUCGGCGAGAAACUGAACAAACUCUUCCGUCAGACCCAAAAGCAUGACAAAUGUCACACUUUAAGCAACGAAUUUUUCGAAAUUCUCUCUCUCUCUCUCUCUCACACACGCCGUACGGCGGUGGCAGUGGCAGCGGGAAUGGGUAUCAACAUGUCAAGCCCCCUGUCGGGGGCCUCAACUUUGGCAUGUCGCGCGACAAAUUCAAGUAAAUUGCUGCCGACGGCAGCCUCGCCGUCGUUGGCUCGUACCAGUUUUGCAGCCGGUUCUGAGCGGAGUGGCCAUCAAGGUCCGCGUCCAGCCGCUGUUCUGGCUGCCACCGACCCACCCAUUGCUGACCUGUUUGACGAGGUUUCACGACGCGAAGACACAGUGAGCGUGGUGGCGACAACGCAACAACUGGCCAACACCAGCAUGGUCGGACAUGAUCAGUCCAUGCGGCUGGAAACAGAUGAAGCCGCGCUUGAGGGCCGGCUCCCAGACGGGCGGCACCAGCUGGCGUGCGUGACCAUCUUCGGCUUUGGGCUUGCGGAUCUGGAUUUGGUCAUGACGGAGUUUGAGCGUUGCGGUCGCAUUCUGCGCCGGGAGACCAAGACCAACUGCAACUGGCUACACGUGCAGUUUGAUGAUCAGUUGUCGGCUCAGCGAGCGUUGAGCAAGCACGGGAUGGUCCUGUCUGCGAGGCUGAUGGUUGGUGUUCAGCCUUGCCUGGAUGAAGAAUUUUUGCGCAACGCGGUGGAGUCGCGGAGCCGUACGGAGAUGGGUGUUCUCAGCACGCCUGUGCGCAAGACGCCGAUUCGAGAUCUCAGCGCUCGGAGUCGUGUUACGGCUGGGGCAGGGUUUGAGCCCCAAGGUCAGACGUCUGGGCCCGUUCCGGCCACCCCUCAGCCUUCCUCCUACAUGAAAUCGCUUCGCGACUAUGUACUUGGCUGGUAGCCAACCGUGUCAUCGUCAGUGGUUGCAGCGUGCAACAAAAGCACUGGAAUGAAAAAAAGGCGAAAGGAAAGAAUCAAAAAGAAAGAGCAGAAGAGAGCAGGGGCGCGCUGCCCGAGCUCCUUGCGAAUCGGUCUUCGCCCCUUCUCCCCCACCCGUGAUUUUGAGUGGGGCUUCGAGUGGACUGUUGUGUCAGGGGCCAUUGCCUCUCGAUCGAGCAAUUCAUGCCACAUUGUG